AUGACCCAAACACGAGGCCACGGCGGCCACAGCCAUCAUCAUCAUCAUGAUAACACCUAUUUGACCUCCACAAAUAAAAGCGACGCUGGUGUUCGCAUUACACGGAUCGGUCUCGUCGCAAACCUGUGUAUGGCAAUUGGAAAGUUCAUCGGUGGGUAUAUGUUUCACUCUCAAGCUUUGAUUGCCGACGCCUACCACGCCCUUACCGAUCUCGUGUCCGACUUUUUGACCCUGGGAACUGUCGCCUGGUCCCUGAAGCCUCCGAGCGAUCGAUUCCCCAAUGGUUAUGGAAAGAUUGAGAGCAUUGGUGCUCUGGGGGUUAGUGGCCUAUUGCUCUGCGGAGGAAUGUUUAUGGGUCUCAACUCGGGACAAGUCCUGCUGGCUCAGUUCUACCCCGAGAUAGCUGAAACAGUGGCUCACACCGGGAUACUGGGACAUGGUCAUUCGCAUAGUCACGGCCCAGUUGGUCCUAGUAUUCAUGCUGCGUGGCUUGCCGCUGGCUCCAUUGUCAUUAAGGAGUGGCUUUACCGUGCUACUAUGAAGGUUGCCAACGAGCGCAAGUCCUCGGUACUUGCAUCCAACGCCAUUCACCACCGCGUUGAUUCCCUAACGAGUAUUGUCGCCCUUUUCACAAUUGGAGGAAGCUAUGUCUUUCAAGACGCCACCUGGCUGGACCCGGUUGGUGGACUUUUGAUCUCCUUGAUGGUGGUCAAAGCUGGCUGGGGUAACACAUGUACUUCUCUUUUGGAAUUGGCGGAUACCACGGUCGACGAGGAUGUCCGAAGCUCCGUGGAGGCCGCGACGGCCAAGACCUUGAAGGAACUCGAAGACGGCCAUGAAGUGAUUGUUCGUGACGUGCAGGGCAUGAAGUCUGGCCAAAACUACUUGAUGGAUAUUGAGCUGGCUGUGCCAGGUGCUUGGGCUGUCAGCCGAUCGCAUUCUAUUGAAGCGGCCGUUCGCAAGGCUGUUGGAUCCGAUGUUCGUGGUGUGAAGCGCAUCAAGGUCCGCUUCAUUCCAGCGGAACACCAAGACCUCACCUUCUCGGAUGAAUUUGUUGCGCGGGACAUUGGAGGCGAUCCUGAAACACAAUGUCAUGAUCACGGCCAUGAUCACAGUGACCACAGUCAUGAUCGGAAGCGACAAUAA